AUUUUUUUUAUCACUUUCGUCUAAAAUGUUGACAUUUUGUUCAGUUAGUUGACGUCAACUGGAAAAUUUCGUAGUUAUGUUUAAAAAUGUUGAUUUUCAUAAUUGAAAAGAAGUGAAAAGUGCAGUAAUUAUAUAGAAUUGUUCGCUGUCUCAGAAAAUUCCAUUCAUGUGCACUUGUAAACAGUGGAAAAAUACCCCUUCGAAUUUGAUUCUAGGCUAAGCACAUCGGUGAUUUUGUAAAAAGUUACUUUCUUAUCUAGGUAAUUAGUUUACUUCAGUAGCUAACAACAUGGAUACCUCUAAAACAAUUACUCAAGAAGAAAUGAACAGCAUACCUCUCGUAGAUGAUGACCCACAACUUGUAGUGCAAGAUGAUAACGAUAUUUCUCAAAGCUCCGAUAUCUUGCAAAGAAAUCACAGCAUAGAUUCCAUACCGUCAACUUUCACUAACGAAAGUAGCAGUCCGAGUCGUAACAAUUUCGAUUCCGAUAUUAGCCCAGAUGAACUCGAAGAAAAAGCACGUUUAAUAACGCAAGUAUUGGAAUUACAAAACACAUUAGACGAUUUAUCACACAGGGUUGAUAGUGUUAAAGAUGAAACCCUGAAAUUACGGUCAGAAAAUCAAGUGCUUGGACAAUACAUUGAAAAUUUAAUGUCAGCGUCCAGUGUUUUCCAGUCUACUUCUCCUAAACCGAAGAAGAAAUGAAGUUGAUGAAUUGCCAUAGUUUACUUAAAUGCUUGAAUCGAGUUUUAAUCUCGUUAGAAUAAGCGUCGCCAUAUAUUAGUACACUGUACAUUGAAACUUCAACACCUCAGUAUCACUAUUUACUUCAUAAUCUAUGUAUUAUGAUUUCGCAACUUUCUUUUAAAAUCCGUGUAUUUUUUACUUCUUACGUGCCUUCACUUUGAUGAAAUGGAAGUUCAACCCGUAGGCUUCCUACAACGAGAAAGCAGUAAUCAAAAUCUACGUGUAGAAUGAUUCAAGUGAAUUUCUAGUCUCUGUUAUUUAUAUUGUUGCACAAAAUGUUAUGUUCCAAUGCUUUCAUAAACUCGCAUUUUAUAGAACUGAUGAUUAUUUUGUAAAUGUCUUCAACAUUUAUACGCCUCAGAGGUUACAAUUACUAUAUUGUAUAAUCUAAUGUAAUGUAGCUUUUGUAUUCACGUUUGUUUAUUUUAUUUAUUUUUACGCCGAAUUAUUUAUACUUACUUACUAUCGAUUAAUUUGGUUCGAAUGAUGCGAAAGUAAUUUCAAAUUGUAUCACAUUAUAGGUAAUUUGAUUGCAAUUUUGAUGUACUAGAAAGGUGCCUAUUAUUCGAUUUAUGUACGAUGCGUGUUGGGCUACUUUUUGUGCAGGAUGUUUUUAUCAUCUUGUAAAAUUGUUGUAAUAUUGAAAAUAUAGAUACCUAUUUAUUUUGUAAACUAUUAAAUUUUUUUCUCAACGUGA